AUGAGCACAAAAGAUUCAGAUGCAGUAGCGCAGGGUGCUAUCUUCAAGGUCAUCCCGCCGCCCAAGCCAACCGCAUGGCAACGAUUCAAAAAGCAACCUUUUCUGUUCAUCGCACGGAAGCUCUAUGAGUGGCGCCGAAUUACCCCAUUUGAACCAUCCAACAAGCCCGUCUCUGUCGUCUGUGUCUCGAACACCUAUUAUCAGCACCCGGAGAUACCGAAAGGCGAUGUCCUCAUUCACGCAGGCGAUCUGAGCCCCGAUGGAUCGCGCGCUCACUUCCAAAGAACACUCGACUGGCUCAAUGAACAACCCCACUCUAUCAAAAUUGUUGUUGCUGGUAUGACCGAUCAGCUCAUGGAUCGCCAUAGAGAUGCUGGCCGUUGUUGGGACCGAGAGGAUCGCGACAAGAUUGACUGGGGUGACAUUAUCUAUCUCGAAAAUAGCGGCAUCACAUUGUUGGCUCCAAAUGGAAAGAGACUGCGCAUCUGGGGUAGUCCAUGUUCUCCAAUUCGCGAAAAGAAGCUGGGGUUUCAAUAUCCACGUGACAAAAGCUUCUGGAAGGGAAAGAUUCCUGAAACAGUCGACAUUCUCAUCACGCAUACUCCACCUUACGGACACCUUGAUUCCAGCACCGGCUGUUACCAUCUUCUGCAUGAGCUCUGGGAAAAUCCACCCCGUCUACAUGUCUUUGGUCGUGCGAGAGAGAACUAUGGAACUGAAGUGUUGCAAUACGACAAGCUCCAAGCCAGUGUUGAAUUCAUGAUCGGCCGUGACGAGGGACUCAAAGAGCUUUGGCAAGUAAUCAAAGGCUUUGUUUUGUCCUGGUUUUGUCCUGCCACUGGGCGUCGGACUUUGCUUGUCAAUGCCUGCAUCACUGGAGGCUUUUGGGACAUGACUCGCCGAGGGCCAAUCAAGGUUGUCAUUUGA